AAAUGUCAAUCACAGAUUCCAUUCCGUAUGUCAAUGGCGUUCUGCAAUAUUUUCAAAGAUUUUUAUAAAAUAACUUUAUUAUAAGUUUACUUCCAUGUAGUACGUUUUAUUAUUUAGGCCACUGAAUUCGAAAUUAUAGUAUUCAAUUUAGCAGACAUCCGAGAUUUGGUGCCGUCAUCUUGAAGAUCACACGCGGCACGGCCAGGGUUGUCUGCUAGCGCAUGGUGCGGUGUUGGAAUAUAAUAAAUAUCCUAGUCGUUAUGAAUGAAUUUGAAGAGAAUGAAAGUGAUUUUUUAUAAUUACCUGAUAUUUAACUUGAACGUCGUUUGACAUAUUUAAAAUUUAAUAAUGGCUAUAAAUUCGGCACGCACUCUACGUAAUAAAAUAGAACCUAAAGAGUCGUCUGGUACAAUGUCUGAAAGCAGUAAUGGAAAAUCUCAAUUUAUGUCUCUAACGAUCACUACAACACAAAGUAGUAUAAAUAGUGACAGCAGAUGUAAAAUAGCUCGAAAAAAAGGUAUGUCACCUUAUCUAACGGGAGAUAAGGUGAAAUUAUCAAGAGUUACAGAAAAGAAAGUGGUACAUAAAAAACCCAUUGAUUGUGAUUUAUCUUUGCCAUCUCCUGCAAAUGUUUACAGAGCAAAUUCAGAUGAAAUCAGAGUACCUAAACGAAAUAGCAAAAAGGUCAAAAAGUCUGUGUUAACUCUUCCAAAUGAAUCAAAUGCUGAGGGUAUAAUAUGCACUGUCAGCGAUGUGAAUGAUGUAACAGAAAACAACAAAGACCAGAGAGAUCGCGAACGAAAAACUAAAAAUAGAAAGCGGCUUCCAAUACAAACUAGAAAGCCUCCUCGUAUCAGAGAAAAAGACUUUGAAUAUUACGACAGAGAUGCUCGAUACUGUUCACAGAUGAACAUUGAUUUGGACUGUAGUUCUACCGACAUGAUUAAAAACUUCAAUGGUGAUGGCAGGAGAUUAUCCAAGAAAAAAACUACUGAAGUAUCUGAAACAGACUCUAAGUUGGACCCACAUGAUGUAUGGGCUGUACUAAGGAAUAUCAACCAGUUUCAGUUCACCCCUUCACCACCUAUGUCCGACUACAGUAUACAAACAAAGAAAAAGAAGAGAUGUAAUAGAAAACGUAACAAUCGUAAAGACGCGCGAGUUAUUGAAACAUGUUGUACUGAAGAAUUUGCGUAUAUUUCAAGUUAUGAUGUGACUAGAUCACGUACAAGCUUUUCACAAGCUUCAAGCAUUGAUCGAAUAACCGUUAUAGACAAAAAGAACGAGUUUAGUCACUUUUGUCAAGAAUUCGAAAAAAAAUUUCUCACCGACUCUAAAAAUAUGAAGGUUCAAAAUAAAAUUAAAUCUAGCAACCAAAUCGUACUCAAAAGAAAUAACAAGUCGCCAACAUGUAAUGGAAAACCAAAGGAGAAAGGUAAUCAAUUGAUGUCAUUAAUAGAUAGAAAAGUAAUUUUAAAUAAACUGAAUGAAGACCUAAAUCGCACAAACGCAGCUAAAAGUAACAUUAAUACCCAGAAUGCUGGUCCACUAAGUUUAGAAUAUAAAGAAGAUAUUCAAGGAAAAAAUGACUUAAUUCACACAAAUUUGCGCUUAUCACCUUACAAUGCCACAUCGUGCUCUGUUAACUCGGGAUCAAGUAAAGCAGGUCUUAAUGAUUUUGUGAAUAAAACCAAAGCAGAGGGAAAGUCUAUUUAUUCAGAUGAAUCAUAUCAACAAUUGAAAGGAAUCACGAAAGUCGUUCUAAGUAAAGGUCCAGAUUGUGUAGUAUCCAAGCGCACAAAUGCCAUCAAUGCGACAAUCCGAAAACCGCGCUUAGUUACGACCAUGCCACCGAGUUCAAUGCCACCGAAACUCACGCAAACUGAUAUAAAAAGAAGACUUGCAAACAAGAAAUUUCCAAUUGUAGUUUUAGAAAAGGAUGAACUAGGAUGUUCAUCAAUUGAAGUGCCUUUGUUUGAACCUAUACAGUUUCGUGGGUUGGAUCAACAUAUUUGGCCCUUCAUGAGAGAUUGGUUGCAUAAUGAUACAAAACCUACUAGCCCCAAAAGUAAAUCAAGAUAUAAUCAUGUGACCGAAAACACGCAACACGGGAAAGGAAAACAUACAAUAACAAACGGGAGUACUCUUAAAGAAAAAAGAAUUACUAUUCAUAACACCAGGAAAAUUGAGCCAAAACGCAUCAAUGCAGCACCAGAUACUAAAGUCGUUAUACAAGAACAGGCAAUAAAACCAAAGCCUAUAAAACAGUUUAAGGACAAAAUGUUGAAACUGCUGUAUAAAAAAUCUAUUGAAGAUUUCACGCGCAGUAACAAACAAAUUGGCGGUGGCCAAGGUGAUAUGAAGAAUCAGAAGCUUCCUCAAAGUCCUAGAUUAGAGAAACGUGCAACAAAAGUAGAUGCUGCUACUGAUACUGUUAAGAUAUUAAAUCAAAAUAUGAUUCAAUUGAAUAGAUGCUUAAGUCCUCAAAAAGAAUUCACUCCGAUACCUCUCCCUCUACAUAUCACGAGGCACCCAUGGGCGAAAGGAAAAUGGGCUAGCGAUUUUAUAGAUAGUGUUAUAAAAAAGGUAAAGAGUGGUAUCUAUUAUAGUCAGGACAAAAAGGCUUUGUGCAAGAAAUGUUGCACAGAUUCCAAGGAAGCAUCAAUACAAACUGCUUUGACAAUGAGUGACGAAGAAUUAAAGACUGUAAGCAAAAUUGAAGAUAUACCAAAAAAAGAAUCUUGUUACACCAAAGCUAUACCUGGAUUUGAUGAAGUUUUAGCACCUGUUGAAAUCAAAACCCUAAAUAUGAAACAAAUCACUGUCAAACAUUGUUUGACAAAUGUUUUGUUGCAGUUUGAUGUUUCAGUACCAACAGAUAAGAAAACUAUUCCCUUUGAAUCUCAUAGAUCGCUCUAUACGCCUCUAGCAAUAACGGCCGAUAGUCAUUCGAAAAUAAUUAAAUGCAAAACAACUAUUUUAAAUGCAAUAAUGCCAGCUGAACUUUGUAGCAUUAUACCGAAGAUGAUGCGAAAUAUCAACUUUAAUGCCAACUUGCAGUUGGCCUUCCCCCCAAUAUUAUCAAGGAAAUCUGAACAGCUCGCGACUAUAUCGGAAUUGACCCAACAGAGAUCAAGCGACUCCGUCAUAUGUUCAAUAACACCGUUCACUUUCUUGUCUUAUAAACUUAGAGCCUUCUUAACAGGGAAUUUCCCACAAAGCGUUCACUAUGAUCAACAAAAAAGAUAUCCUCAAAACCAAAUUAGAAUCGUAUUAAGUUCUAGUUACGGAAAUAUUGUUAAACAAAUAUUAAACGACAUUGAUUUUGUUCCGUUAACGUGCUAUCGACACAUGUUUUAUCCAGAAGCAACAGACAUAACAGUCAGAAACCUUUGCGGUCCAUCUUUAGGAAAACUAAUGCUUAAGGAAAAACCUACUAAAUGUAUGGCCUUACAACCGUAUGUACCGCCAAAACAAUGUGUGGCUCCGACAUUUGGUGUUCACAAUGUCAUCAAAUUAUCACAACAUAUAUGUUUCAAAAAUGUCGUGGUCAAUUUUGAUUUUCCGAAAUAUUUCCCAGUUAUGUUGAACGAUAUUAAAAUAACUUUCCAUCCCAGUAAGUCUAAGGAUAAUAUUGAUGUUUCCGAAGUACUCUCUGAGUCGAAAAGUUUAAAGGUUGAUUCUCUUUUUAAUGGCUAUCUGAAGACGGGUGACCGUAGCUCUAUUACGUCUCAGAAUACAAAUUGCAUUGAGUUCAAUAAAAAAACAGCCCAGUUUCAAGAAAAGAAGCAAAAAAGCUGUCAAAAUCUAUGUCACAAUAAAACGAAGAAGAAGUGUUUCGUUAGAUUAUACAAAAAAUGCAAAUCCACAUCUAAUAUAUCCAUGGAGAGGAGUAGUACUGCAAUAUGCAAGAUAACGAACUUGGAAAACUUCUUUCAAGCUCUUGGAUCAGGAAAACUAUUGUCCAGUAUAUUUGAUGGUUACACAGAGAAAAAGAUAUUGAAAUCCAUAGCUCAGAUGAAAGAUUGGAUAACCGAAAUAAGUCAGAGACAAGCCAUGUUAGUGCUAUUGCUGACUAACAAGAAAGAUACUCCAAGUCUGGUGCGAUACCGACCCGUGUUGCUCCAAGGUAUAGCAGUGAACAGGAUCACUCGCGCUUCUGAGUUGGACAUGGAGAUCGAAGUCAUAGAAACUGAAAAUAUCAACAAUCCACAGUAUGAGGGGAUAUCAUACAUAUCAGUAUCCCAACGAACAUGCACGGACAACCUAUUAGAAGAAUUGUACUGGAUAGCUAAGACUACUGCAUCGGACUAUCAAAGACCAUUCGACGAAUCAUCAGUAAAACUGUUGAAAUCUCUCACCGAGAAACGUAAAAAGCUAAAUCCCUCAUAUUUACGAGUGAUGGCGCGUUACGUCGGCCUUGGCUUGUUAAAACCUCCCCGGAAAUAAAUAUAUUUUUGUACAUACGUACUGUACUUAAUUUUUUGAGUGAUGUUUUAAAUUGAUUGUUUAUUUUGUCUUUAUUUUUUAAUAUUUAUAUUACAAAAUAAAAUUUUAUUUCUA